AUGUUGGUCUUGUUUUUAACUGCUCCUGUGUGUCUACAGUGAACUCUGUCUGCUGGGGUCCCUAUGACUUUGGUCUGAUUCUGGCCUGCGGCAGCUCUGACGGAGCCAUUUCCCUCCUCACAUUCACCGGAGAUCAGCAGUGGGACGUCAAGAAGAUCAGCAACGCACACACUAUUGGCUGUAACGCCGUGAGUUGGGCUCCCGCUGUAGUUCCAGGCAGCCUGAUCGAUCAGCCAUCAGGACAGAAACCAAACUACGUGAAGCGCUUCGUAUCCGGAGGCUGUGACAACCUGGUAAAACUCUGGAAAGAGGAGGACGGUCAGUGGAAGGAGGAUCAGAAGCUUGAGGCUCACAGUGAUUGGGUGAGAGACGUCGGCUGGGCUCCCUCUAUUGGUCUUCCCACCAGCACCAUCGCCAGCUGCUCUCAGGACGGACGUGUGUUUAUCUGGACGUGCGACGACCCUGCAGGCAACACCUGGACAGCCAAACUGCUGCACAAAUUCAACGAUGUGGUCUGGCACGUCAGCUGGUCUAUUACUGGAAAUAUACUGGCUGUUUCUGGAGGAGACAACAAGGUGACGCUGUGGAAGGAGUCGAUGGACGGCCAGUGGGCGUGCAUCAGUGACGUCAGCAAAGGCCAGGGCGCCGUGUCCACCAUCACAGACACACAGCAGAACGAGCAGUGACACUCGCAUGAACACACACAUUACAGCGACCCCCGACCACGUGAGGUCGACCCCAGUCUGGAAAGAUGAAUGAAUGAAUAAACGCGCUGGACAUUUGGACCGAACACAGGGCGUCCACAGUGAUCGAGCUCGUCUUCUUCAGCCUCAAAUGUACCAGAAUAAAUAUUUCUAAAUGUCAUCUUUCGCUGUUCAAAGAUGGAGAGUCUCUGCUUUGUUUGGUGAUGUUUAGAAAUACAAACAUGAUCAGUAACUACUUUUUUUUUAUCAGACGCACUCCACUAUUUCUGUUCAAGCUUCUUCCCAGUUUAUAGUUUCCACAUGUUCUUGAAUGCUGGUCCAAAUAAAAUGAAAAACAAGAUCUGUAUCUAUACGCCCACCCUC